AGGGCUGGUCACCACGAGUUUCAGAUGCCAUUGUGGACAGGGUACGGCAGGCAUUUGCAAGGAGUUCUAUAAAAUCUGUAUGUACUGCAGCCAGGGAGUUGGAAAUGAGAAGAUCGACAUGGCACAAUGUCUUGCAUAAGAGUGCUCACAAGACAUUUACAGUGGGGUGUGCAGUUGAGAACAGUUCUCCAUCUACCCCUCAGCGCGCAUCAGAAUUAUUCAAAGUGGGGCACUCUGCCAAUUCUAAGAAGCAGGCCAAAGAUGUCCUGGUAAGCAGCACAUUGUCAAUGCUGCGAGACAUACAAACAGCAAUGAAUGGGAGCAGUGAGGAUGACAAGUUGGGCCAAUAUGUUGCAGCUGAGCUGAUAACAACUAAAAAUAGAAAAUUGAAUGCAGAGGCAAAGUGCCUCAUCAUGAAUGCCAUCAUGGGUGCAAUUCAGAAAGUUACUGAUCGUUAA